AUGGUUAGUGACUUUGUGCAUCAAUAUGAAAAAGCUAUAGAUGCACGUUAUUUCAAAGAGAAAGAGAAUGAUGUGCGGACAAAAUCUACACGGGCGAUAAUGAAGACACCUCUUAAAAUUGAAGAGGAGGCGGCAAUGGUUUAUACAAGAAAGUCCUUCAUGAUCUUCCAAAAUGAACUUUUCGAUAGUCUACGAUACCAAGCAAGAAAAUUAUCAAAAGAGGGUGAGACCAAGACAUAUGGAGUCAAUGCUUACGGUAAAGAAAGACCUCUUUACCAUGUGACGCUUGAGGGUGAUGAAGAAUAUGCAACAUGUACUUGCCAUAAGUGGGAGUUUAUGGGAAUUCUUUGUAGGCAUAUCUUGUGUGUUUUUGGCAAAAAAAUGAAGUUAGAUAGAUUGUCACAACAUUAUGUGUUAGAAAGAUGGACUAUUAAUGCUAAGAGUCGACCCAUUCCUGACAUACCAUGUCCUGAAGGGCGUGUUCGAGAAGGACUAGAUGAGCCUACGAUGAGAAAAAUCAAAACGAUGUUACAAUUUUACGACAUUGUCGAACUAGGGUCACAGUCAGCAGAGAAAUAUAAUCACCUCACAGUUGCAUUGGAGAAGGUUCACAAAGAGUUACUUGACAUGGAGGAUAAUGUAGAAUGUUCACGAGCAUGCGAACCAACCAAUGAUGAUCACAACAUGGGAAGUCAAGUUAUAUCGAACUUCUCACAAACGGUCCAGGAUCCUCCAAGGGUGCCAACAAAAGGACGUCCAAAAUCUUUGAGAGCGAAGAACCCAAAAGAAACACAUGCGACAAAGAAGAGAUACUGUAGCAUUUGCAAGAAUGAGGGGCAUACUAAAAACAAUUGUUCUUCUGCGAGGGAUCUUGGGCUAACAAUUGACAACAUAUCGCAACAUGUUGAUCCAUAG